AUGCUCACAAUAGCACUCACCACCACCUCAGCAGCCCGAUUCCUCGUCGACGAACAGCCCGUGGACCCCACUGCUGACUCGUCAUCAUCCCCAUUGCCAGCAGCACCCAUACCACCCACCAUCCCACAAAUCGCCACCUCUGCAUCCCCUGCUACAGCCACUGCAACCACCACAGGUGGUGGAGGCGCCAUUGACCCUGACCACACAUUGACCUUCUUCAUGCACGACAUCCUCGGCGGAUCGAACCCGACCACAAGAGCCGUGACAGGAGUGGUCAACAACCCUGCAAUCAACGGCCAAGUCCCCUUCGCCAAGCCCAACGGCGCAGUCCUCCCGGUCAACAACGGCGUCCAGCAGAACAACAACAACAACGGAGUCAUCAACAACAACAACCUCCCCUUCCUCACGGGCCUCGGCGGCACAGCGUCAGCAAACGUGAUGCAGAACAACAACAACAACAAUGGUAACAAUUUCAACAACUUCCCAGUAGGCAACGGUGGCCAGCUCCCCACGGGCUCGGCCCUCGAACAGCUCAUGUUCGGGACCAUCAAUGUGAUCGAUGACGAGUUGACCGAAGGGCACGAAUUGGGUUCGCAGCUGCUGGGGAAAGCUCAGGGCUACUACGUGGCUAGCUCGCUGGACGGGACGAGCCAGGCCAUGGCGUUCACUGCUAUGUUCCAGAGCGGGCAUUAUGAGGACAGCCUCAACUUCUUUGGCGUCCACAGGUCUGGGGUUUCCGAGUCGCAGCUUGCUGUGAUGGGCGGGACGGGCAAGUAUGUGAAUGCUAGAGGGCAUGCGGUUGUGAAGACGAUUCCAGUUGGUCCUGGGAAUCAUGAGACUGACGGGAUCGAGACACUGCUCGAGUUUGCUGUUUAUGUGAUCUACUGA